GUUUCUCAAAAGCUCACAAAAAUAUCAUAAAGAUGGAAACCAAAAUAGGCAACCAAUCUUAUGAAGCAUUCCCAAUGAAUGGGGGCCAAGGCCAAUAUAGCUAUGCUAAAAAUUCCAAUAUGCAGCGAAUUGGAGCAGAUAUCACCAAACACAUUAGCAGAGAUGCCAUUAUUGAGAAACUUGAUGUUGAAUCACUUGUGCAGCAUUCCUCUAAUGUUAUCCGCAUUGCAGAUCUGGGUUGUUCUGUUGGACCUAACACCUUCUUCACAAUUCAAAACAUUAUAGAUGCUGUGAAUCUCAAAGCUCAAUCUCAAGGACAUGGUUUAGAUUCAUCACUUGAAUUUCAAGCGUUGUUCAAUGAUCAUGCUGGUAAUGACUUCAACACACUUUUCAAGUCUCUUCCAGAGGAUAAACUAUACUAUGCAGCAGCUGUGCCUGGUUCGUUUCAUGGAAGAUUGUUUCCAGAAUCAAGCAUUCAUGUCCUCAACUCAUCUUAUGCUCUUCAUUGGCUCUCAAGGAUACCUAAAGACAUAGUUGACAAGAACUCUCCUGCUUAUAAUAAAGGAAGAAUUUACUUUACAAAUGAAGACAAGAAUGUUGCAGGGGCUUAUUCUGCACAAUUUGCAAAAGACAUUGAAAGCUUUCUGAAUUCAAGAGCCUUAGAACUUGUUCCUGGAGGUAUCAUGACUCUUAUUAUUCCCUGUGUCCCACCAGAUUCUAAGAAUGCAUUUCAAGCUCAGGCAAACAUCAUGGAGAAUAUUCUUGCAGAGAUGGCAAAUGAGGGCUUAAUAAGCCAAGAGCAGAUUGAUUCCUUCAACAUGCCUAUCUACAUGGCAGCAUCAGAAGAGGUAAAAGAAUUGAUUGAGAAGAAUGGCAAGUUCCAAAUUGAGAAGUCAGAAUUAUUAUAUAAAUUAUUUGACAAUAAGAGCCAACAAAUAGAUGCCCAUAAAGCUUGCAUGCACCUUAGAGCAGGGUUUGAAGGGGUUUUCAAGAAUCAUUUUGAAGAAGAAGGCAUUGUGGAUGAGUUUUUCAUUCAAUUUGAGAAGAAAUUGGCAGAAUCCCCCUUUCUUUUUUCAGAUCCAGCUUACAAGCAGUUGGGAGGAUUAUUUGUCAUUAAGCUUCUUGCUUAAGCAUUGUGUUUGUGUUUGUAUUUGGGUCUGACUUUUCUAUCAAUUAUAUUCUGUAGAAUAAGGUACAUUGAAAAUAUAUAUCCAAUAUCAAUAAAUAAAUAAUAACUUUUGUUA